GAUCUCUCUGGCUCCAUCGACGACCUUCCCACGGGCACGGAGGCGGCCCUGAGUCCGGGGGUCAGCACGUCGGGGGUGUCCAGCAGUCAGGGCGAGCAGAGCAACCCGGCCCAGUCGCCUUUCUCUCCGCACACCCCCCCUCACCUUCCAGGCAUUCGCGGGCCCUCCCCCUCUCCUGUUGGCUCUCCCACAAGCGUCACCCCUUCUCGCAGCGGCCCCCUCUCCCCCACCGCAGGGCCAGGGAGCCAGAUGCCGCCGCGGCCCCCCAGCGUCCAGUCUGACAGCAUCAUGCAUCCUUCCAUGAACCAGUCACCCAUGGGUCAGGACAGGGUGUACAUCCGUAACCCUCAGAUGCCCCCGUACGGCUCCCCCGGACAGCCUGGCUCCGCCUUAUCUCCACGCCAGUCUUCAGGAGGCCACAUGCAUGGCAGCAUGGGACCUUACCCCCAGAACAGCACCAUGGGAAACUACGUCCCUCAGGGGGGCCAGUAUGGCCCACACGGUUAUCCCAGACAGCCCAGCUACACGGGAAUGCCCAACACCAACUACCCCAGCGGGCCCAGCAUGGGUGGCUCCAUGAACCCCAUGCCUGGCCAGGGCAGCGGGGGCCCGUACGGAACCAUGCCACCGAGCAGAAUAGGUCCCGGACCGCAGAUUGGAGCUCGACCCUACGGACCUGGAAUGGGCUCCAACAUGGGUGGAAUGCCCCCCCAAAUGGGAUCCGGCAUGUGUCCACCUGGCAUGAACAGGAAGGACGGUGCCCCCCCCAUGCACCAUGGACCCUCAAACUCCAUACACAACAGGCCGCCGGGCUACCCCAACAUGUCCCCUGGCAUGAUGGGGACGGGGUCUCCGUAUGGCCCAGGGAUGAACAGCAUGCAUGGUGUCAUGAAUCAGGGGGGGGCGGGGCCUUAUCCCAUGAAUGCGAACAUGCCUAACAGCACCCCUGGAGGGGCUCCAGGCCCUGACUUUGGCAUGGAAAAAAUCCCCCCAGCCCAGAAGAUGAACAACAAAGUCGAUGGUACUCCCAAACAAGAAUCCAAAAAGAAGUCGAGUUCUUCCACCAUCACCAACGAGAAGAUCACUCGACUGUAUGAGCUGGGCCCGGAGCCGGAGAGGAAGAUGUGGGUGGACCGGUACCUGGCGUUUGCUGAGGAGAAGGCCAUGGGCAUGCACAACCUUCCCGCUGUGGGCCGGAAGCCUCUGGAUCUCUUUAAGCUCUACGUCUCUGUGAAAGAGAUCGGCGGCCUGACUCAGGUGAACAAGAACAAGAAGUGGAGGGAGCUGGCCACCAACCUGAACGUGGGCACGUCCAGCAGCGCCGCCAGCUCGCUCAAAAAGCAGUACAUCCAGUGUCUGUAUGCCUUCGAAUGCAAGGUCGAGCGCGGUGAGGACCCGCCCCCUGACUUCUUCAACACGGACACCAAAAAGAACCAGCCCAAGAUCCAGCCCCCGAGUCCUGCUGGUUCUGGAUCCCUCCAGGGACCCCAGACUCCCCAGUCCACCAGCAGCUCCAUGGCAGAGGGGGGGGACCUCAAGCCCCCCACUCCGGCUUCCACCCCACAUCCACAGAUGCCUCAGAUGCCUGGUGUCAGGAACAGCGUCAGCCUGCAGGACCCCUUUGCCGACGGAAGCGAUCCGGCUUUUUCCAGACGGAACGCCAUGACUCCCAACUCUCAGGGGUACCAGUCAGGGAUGGGCAAUGCAGAGAUGAUGAGCCGGAUGGGUCCCUACGAGUCCAGCAAGGACCCCUUUGGAGGCAUGAGGAAAGCUGGAGAACAGUUCAUGCCCCCGGGCCCCAACAGCGGGAUGGGGGAGCAGUACAACCGAGGACCCCCGGCCCCUAUGAGCAACAUGCCGAUGGGCCAGCGGCAGCAGUUCCCGUACGGAUACGACCGAAGACAGGAGCCGGGGAUGGGUCCGGAAGGCACCAUGGCUUCAGGAGCUCCUCAGCCCAACAUGAUGUCUUCUGGAGGAGACGCCGGGAUGUACUCGCCGAGUCGCCCCCCCUCUCAGCAGCGGCACGACUCCUAUACAAACCAGUACCCUGGUCAAGGAGCGCCCCCUGGUGGUCCAUAUCCUAACCAACAUCCAGGAAUGUACCAACAGCAGCAGAACUACAAGCGCCCUGUGGAUGGGGCGUACGGCCCUCCAGCCAAACGUCACGAGGGAGAAAUGUACAACGUUCCCCCUUACAGUGGCCAGCAGCAGCCGGGACCUCAGUCUGCUGGGCACCAGGGGCAGCAGGACAUGUACAACCAGUACAAUGCGUACCCUGGGGGAGAGCGCAGGCCUCCAGGUCCGCAGGGCCAGUUCCCCUUCCCAUUCGGACGGGACAGAGGGCCGUCAGCUGCAGGCCCGAACUCCCAAUCCUCUAUGCCUCCCCAGAUGAUGCCCAGCCCCAUGCCUUCAGGUCCCGAUGGCCCCCAAGCCCAGAUGUGGCAGGGCCGCAACGACAUGGGCUAUCCUAACUAUCCCAACCGCCAGGGACCUGCUGGGCCGGGUCAGGGGCCUGGCUACCACGGCAUGAACCGCUCAGAGGAGAUGAUGCCAGCGGACCAACGCAUCAACCACGAGGGGCAGUGGCCCGGCCAUGUCAACCGGCAGCAGCCGCCCUUUGGCCCCGUCGGAUCUGGACCCCCGAUGACCAGGCCCUUACCUUCCACCUACCAGGCUUCCCAGAACCACAUUGCUCAGGUUUCCAGCCCGGCCCCCAUGCCCCGGCCUAUAGAAAGCAGAACGUCACCCAGCAAGUCCCCUUACAUGCACCCCGGCAUUAAGGUGCACAAAGCCGGACCUCCGGUCCCGGCCUCCCACAUCGGCCAGGCCCCAGUGCAGCAACCCAUGAUCCGGCGGGACAUGGCCUUCCCUCCCGGCUCGGUGGAGGCUUCCCAACCCCACCUCAAGCCCCGCCGAAGGCUCACCAUGAAAGAAAUAGGCACUCCCGAGGCUUGGCGAGUGAUGAUGUCCCUGAAGUCGGGCUUGUUAGCGGAGAGCACGUGGGCGUUGGACACCAUCAACAUCCUGCUGUACGAUGACAGCAGCAUCUCCACCUUCAACCUCUGUCAGCUGCCGGGGUUCCUGGAGCUGAUCGUGGAGUACUUCAGACGCUGCCUCAUCCAGAUCUUUGGCAUCUUAAAGGAGUACGAGGUCGGAGACGCCGCCCAGCGCACCCUGAUUGACCCCAACGCUGCAGAGGACUCUGAGGAGGACCCCUCCAUGGGCGAGGGUGAGGACAUGGACACGGAGGACGAGGACGAAGACGACGAGGAACCAGAAAGACCUGCUGACGCCCCGUCGCUGGUCCGGGUCAAAGAGGAGGAGGAGGAGAGCUCCUUGAAAGACAAGUAUUCAGAGGAUGAGGAGGAGGAAAAGGCGCCCAAUAAGCUGCCUGCAGGGUCCAGCCACAACGCCAGCAGCAUCUCGGAGAAGCCCAGGCAGGCCAGCAAGUUUGAUAAACUCCCCAUCAAGCUGGUGCGCAAAAAGAACCCGUUUCGCCUCAAUCACCUGUCCAAGCUCGGCCAGCUGCAGAGCUUCGACAGCGGUCUGCUACACUGGAGCAUCGGCGGUGGUGACACUACUGAGCACAUCCAGACCCACUUUGAGAGCCACAUGGAGCGUCUGAAGCUUCCGAAGCGUCCAGCCGCUCUCCGCGAGGUCCGCAAGAAGGUGCAGGGAGCCGCGGUAGACAGCAGCGGCGAUGGCAAGUCCAGGCACCAACCUCCAACGUCUGAGCCUCCCAAGUCCCCAGCUGAUAAGAGUCCACUCCCCACCGGGGCGCCAGUCACCGCCACCAUCGACGAUGUGCUGUCGGCCCGCCCAGGGUCGGUCACCGAGGAGGUGGUCCGCGGAGGAGCCGAGGAGCAGAAGGAGAACGGCAAGUUUCUGUUCAGCAUCAACCCAGACCUGAAGAACCGCCGCAACAUCAAGAUCCUGGAGGACGAGCCCCACAGCAAAGACGAAACGCCGCUCAGCACGCUGUCGGACUGGCAGGACUCGCUGGCGCGGCGCUGCAUCUGCAUCUCUAACAUUGUGCGGAGCCUGUCCUUCGUUCCCGGGAACGACCUGGAGAUGUCCAAACACCCGGGCCUGCUGCUCCUUUUGGGCCGCCUGGUGCUGCUUCACCACCGACACCCGGAGCGCAAGCAGGCGCCGGUCACCUACGAGAAGGAGGAGGAGGAGGACGAGGGCGUGAGCUGUGAGCGAGAUGAGUGGUGGUGGGACUGCCUGGAGGUGCUGAGAGAGAACUGCCUGGUCACUCUGGCCAACAUCUCUGGCCAGCUGGACCUCUCCAUCUACCCCGAGAGUAUUUGUCUCCCCCUGCUGGACGGCCUGCUGCACUGGGCCGUUUGCCCUUCUGCAGAGGCCUUGGACCCAUUCCCCACGCUUGGCCCCCACAGCUCCCUGUCCCCCCAAAGACUGGUCCUGGAGACCCUCAGCAAGCUCAGCAUCCAGGACAACAAUGUCGACCUCAUUCUGGCAACGCCUCCGUUCAGCCGCUUGGAGAAGCUUUACGGCUCGCUGGUACGCCUGGUCGGCGAGCGCAAGGUGGCGGUCUGCCGGGAAAUGGCGGUGGUCCUGCUGGCCAACCUGGCCCACGGCGACACGCUGGCGGCCCGCGCCAUCGCUGUACAGAAGGCCAGCGUGGGCAACCUGCUGGGCUUCCUAGAGGACAGCUUAGCCGCCACGCAGUACUCGCAGAGCCAGAACCCACUGCUGCAGAUGCAGGGGGGGGCCCAGUUCGAGCCCACCAGCGUGGAUAUGAUGCGGCGGGCGGCCCGGGCGCUGCACGCCUUGGCCAAGGUGGAGGAGAACCACUCAGAGUUCACACUGUACGAGUCGCGGCUGCUUGACAUCUCUGUGUCGCCGCUCAUGAGCUCCUCCGUGUCCCAAGUAAUCUGUGACGUUCUGUUCCUGAUUGGCCAAUCAUGACAGGCGUGGGGAGGUGUUGGCUCCGCCUCUUCCUGCGCCCCCCCCGUUUGUGUGUUUGCGUGUGCGUC